AUUAUCCCGUUGACUAACGUUGUCCUCUUUUACUGCUUACUCUAGGGUUCCUCUGUUUAACAUCGGUGGGAUGGAGGCGAACGGUGGCGAAAUCGUCCGUGAACUGAAAGAGCUAAAGCUACAGAAAGCCGAAAUCGAGCAACGUAUCUCUGCUCUCGAAGCAAAGCUCCAUGAGACGACGGCGGCGGUUGAACGGUGCGAUGCCGUGUCUAACGGCUGCUCUGUUCCAACGGAGAUUGAACACGGGCUUGAACAUGGGAUGUCUCCUGAUCAGAUUUACCGUUACAGUCGCCAACUGUUACUCCCUUCCUUUGGUGUUGAAGGGCAGUCAAAUCUCUUGAAGUCUUCGGUUCUAGUCAUUGGAGCUGGAGGGCUUGGUUCACCUGCUUUAUUGUAUCUCGCAGCUUGUGGUGUUGGUCGCUUGGGUAUCAUCGAUCAUGAUGUUGUAGAACUCAACAAUAUGCAUAGGCAGGUUAUACACACGGAAGCAUUUAUUGGUCAUCCCAAAGUGAAAUCUGCUGCUACUGCUUGUCGCUCAAUAAACUCGACGAUCAAGAUUGAUGAAUAUGUGGAAGCUCUUCGCACAUCCAAUGCUUUGGAAAUCCUCAGCCAAUAUGAUAUCAUAGUAGAUGCAACCGACAACCCUCCGAGCCGUUACAUGAUCAGCGAUUGCUGUGUUCUCUUAGGAAAGCCUUUGGUGUCUGGUGCUGCGCUUGGAAUGGAGGGGCAGCUUACUGUCUAUAAUCAUAAAGGAGGCCCGUGUUACCGUUGUCUAUUUCCAACUCCUCCACCGACAACAGCGUGCCAAAGAUGUUCUGAUAGUGGAGUUCUUGGAGUAGUUCCGGGUGCGAUUGGUUGUCUACAAGCGCUAGAGACUAUUAAACUCGCGAGCAUGGUGGGCGAGCCACUCUCUGAACGGAUGCUUCUUUUUGACGCUUUAUCUGCAAGAAUCCGCAUUGUCAAGAUCAGAGGCAGGUCAGCCCAAUGCACAGUCUGUGGAGACAAUUCAUCUUUCAAUAAGCAGCAGUUCAAGGAUUUCGACUAUGAGGAGUUCACUCAGUUUCCUUUGUCUGCGGACCCGUUGAACCUUCUUCCUGCGGAAUCAAGAAUCAGCAGCAAAGAAUUCAAAGAAAUCCUUCAGAAGAAGGAAAGACAUGUUCUUCUGGAUGUUCGACCUUCUCAUCACUAUAAGAUAGUCUCUCUCCCGGACUCACUCAACAUCCCUCUUGCAAACUUAGAGGCUCGGUUAAACGAGCUUACUUCAGCUCUGAAAGAAAAGGAAUAUGGCUGUGUUAACACCGGAUCUUCCACAAAUGCGAGCCUCUACGUUGUUUGCAGGCGUGGGAAUGACUCACAGAGAGCUGUUCAGUAUCUUCGUGAUUGGGGUUUCAGUUCAGCUAAGGAUAUAAUUGGAGGACUGGAGGCUUGGACAGCCGAUGUCAACCCCAACUUCCCCAGUUACUAGAAACAUGUAUCACACUAGAUAUGUCAUGUUACCCUGUUUGAAUUACCUUGUCAGUGUUUUGAUCUUUGUAGUUUGAUUCUUUCAGAAGAAAAGUCUUUAUUGAUGUUUUGCAACCGUAUGAAACCCUGUCUGAAUUACAUGCUGAGUUUUAAAUGUUAUGUUUGAUACC